CGCUACGUGUGUCUACGUCUCCGGCGGACGGGGUCAUGGAGGUGUCGUCCCACAGCCUCUUCCUGCUGCAGCAGCUCAACAUUCAGAGAGAGUUCGGCUUCCUGUGCGACUGUACGGUCGCCAUUGGAAAUGUCUACUUCAAAGCUCACCGAGCCGUGCUGGCCGCCUUCUCCAACUACUUCAAGAUGAUCUUCAUCCACCAGUCCAGUGAGUGUAUAAAGAUUCAGCCCACCGACAUUCAGCCGGACGUCUUCAGCUACCUGCUGCACAUCAUGUACACCGGCAUGUGUCCCAAACAGCCAGUGGACCAGAGUCGGCUGCAGGAUGGCAUCAAGUUCCUCCACGCCUACCAGCUGUGUCGGAAACCCGGAGAAGGUGCUGUCGAUGCCGCCGCUGAUGUGGUCCGCAUGUCCAACCUGUACGGCAUCCAGAUCUCCUCUCAGCUGGCAAACAAGGAGGUGCCCGGAGUCCCCAAGUCUGGUCGGGGAGGGCGUUCCCACUCUCAGCUCUCCCUCACAGUCGGACUGGAGGGCGUCCCGACUGAUCGGCAGGCCUCAGGGCUACGCAACGUCUGCUCCGUGGCUUCCGGAGAUGACUCGGACAUCUUGACUCACAUCAAGCAGGAGCAGGUAGAGGAGGAAGAGGGGGAGGAUGGCGAGCGGGACGAGGGCCCAGGGGUGGGGUCUCCGUCUCCAGCUCAAGGCAGCAGUCCCAGUCAGAGUCUGCUGUUCAAAGACCGGUCCCUGGUCCUGCUGUGCCCCCGCUGUGGAGAGCGCUGCUCCUCCCCCGAGGGCCUCAGGGAGCACCUGUUCAGCCACACCCUCGACCCCGCCUGCCUGAUGGAGGGGCUGCCACAGGGUGGUGAGCUCGACGCCGGUGCGGGGGAGGGGCCGCCGGGGGCCCAGGAGCAGCUGGACACAGGAUGUCUGGAGGAGGCCCUGAGGCAGAGUCAGGUGCUCGCCAACCAGCUGGCCGCAGAGCUGAGGAGAAGUCGGGAGGGUGGAGGGGGAGCAGGAAGCCCCACCCCCACCAUCCUGCACUCACGCAAACGUAAGAUCGCCUGCGCCGUCUGCAGCCUGCGCUUCGCCCACAAGAGCCAGCUGCAGGAGCACAUGUACACUCACACCGGCAAACCGUCCCGCUACCACCGCUACAACCGCCUCUGCAGCCAGCUCUUCCAGGCCUCCGCCCACUUCUGUGAGGGCACUGUGGAGCCCGGGGGCGGGGCCUCAGCCGGCGUAGCCACGCUCUCUGAGGAGGCCAACAGGGACACUCAGGACAAC